CUCUUGUUACCUGCUAUAACCAUUUUCUCUAAACCUAUACACACAAACACGUCUGUAUCUAUAGUCUUGGUAAAACCUGUAGCAAAAUCCAUGAUUCGAUCCGAUUCGAUUUGAUCUCUUUAUAAUGACUCAGUAGCUGCUACACAAUACACAACACACUCUAUCACUAUGAUUUCUUCUUCUACUGCGGCGGCGAAUAACAACGGUCAAACUCCCGCCGGCGGCGGCCUCAAAACGUACUUCAAGACGCCGGAAGGUCGCUACAAGCUCCACUAUGAGAAGACUCAUCCGGCGGCUCUGCUUCACUAUGCUCACGGCAAGACUAUUACACAAGUAACACUAGCCCAACUAAAAGAUAAGCCUUCUGCUACUGCUGCACCAACAUCAUCAAAUUUGGGUGUUAGUAGCGGUGUCAGAUCUGCAGCUGCAAGGUUCUUAGGUACAGGGAAUGGAAGCCGUGCCCUUAGUUUUGUUGGAGGGAAUGGUGGUAGCAAGUCUGUAAGUGGAUCAAACAGAACUGGAUUAUAUGGGGCCUCAACUUCCAACAAUCUGCCUAGUAACUCUAAUUUUGAUGCAAAAGGAACUUAUUUGAUAUUCAAUGUUGGAGAUACAGUUUUCAUCAGUGAUUUGAAUUCUCAGGACAAGGACCCAAUAAAGUCUAUUCAUUUUAGUAAUUCAAAUCCAGUUUGCCAUGCCUUUGACGAGGAUUCGAAAGAUGGUCAUGACUUGCUUAUUGGAUUAGCAUCUGGAGAUGUUUAUUCAGUUUCACUAAGACAACAACUACAAGAUGUCGGGAAGAAACUUGUUGGAGCACAGCAUUAUAACAAAGAUGGUUGUGUCAAUAAUAGUCGCUGUAAUAGUAUUGCCUGGGUGCCAAGUGGUGACGGGACUUUCAUUGUAGCAUAUGCAGAUGGAAACCUUUAUGUGUAUGAAAAAAACAAAGAAGGUUCAGGUGAUCCUUCCUUCCCUAUUAUCAAGGAUCAAACUCAAUUUUCUGUUGCUCAUGCACGUAACAGUAAGAAUCCAAUUGCCAGAUGGCAUAUUUGCGAAGGUUCAGUUAAUAGCAUUGCUUUUUCAAGGGACGGAGCAUAUAUUGCAACUGUUGGAAGGGACGGUUAUCUGCGAAUAUUUGACUACAAAAGUGAACAGCUUAUAUGCGGUGGAAAAAGCUACUAUGGUGCUCUAUUAUGUUGCAGUUGGAGCAUGGAUGGAAAAUACAUCCUAACUGGAGGUGAAGAUGAUCUCGUUCAAGUUUGGAGCAUGGAUGAUCGAAAAAUUAUAGCAUGGGGUGAAGGUCACAACUCGUGGGUCAGUGGAGUGGCAUUCGAUUCGUAUUGGUCAGCACCAAAUACAGACGGAACAGGGGAAAAUGUUGUCUACCGAUUUGGGUCCGUUGGUCAGGAUACACAAUUACUUCUAUGGGACCUGGAAAUGGAUGAAAUUGUAGUGCCGGUACGCCGACCUCCCGGUGGUUCACCCACAUUUAGUACUGGAAGUCAAUCCUCUCACUGGGAAAGUGGUUGUCCUGUUGGUACUCUGCAACCCGCCCCUCGCAUGCGAGAUGUGCCAAAACUUUCCCCUCUAGUAGCUCAUCGUGUUCAUACUGAGCCGCUAUCAGGGUUGCUUUUCACACCACAAUCUAUUCUUACAGUAUGUCGAGAAGGACAAAUAAAAAUCUGGAUGAGGCCAGGUUUUGCUGAAAGCCAGACCAACUCUGACACUCUUUUGGCUACAAGUUUGAAAGAUAAGCCCUUGUCCACCGGAAAAACUAGUUCUUACAGGCAAUAACAAGUCCUGUCAUCGGAAGAGUCAAACGCCAAAGCUGUUUUCUAGGUUGCAACUUUAAUUGCAUAUUCGCUAUUGGUCAGUGCAUAGACAUAAUUUGCGGGUCUGAGGUCAAGGGACAUCCAAUGUACAGCUUAGGAAUGGAGCCACUGGUGGCACUUUAGAUUAGAGAGUGACUACUUACACUGUAAGUAUGAGAUGGUUGUUUAUAAGAUAUUGGCGAAAAAUAAAGGACCGUAUUUAACUUUAAACUUGCAGAUCCUUUUUCUCUAACCAUUAUUGGUUGGAAUUGAUUCACAAAGAUGAUGUUAAUGUUAUUUAUAUGUGGAUUUUUGAUGCAGUCAUUGCAUCUUUCCAUGCCUGGACUGCGAGGGUUCUUAUGCAGUUUGUUAAAACAAAUAUCAUAAUGUUUAGAUCUGAUUUUAAUUC